AUGUUUACUCUCCCAUGUAAUUUAGGAUCGAACCAUAUCUUCUUUCAUCUUGCUUUUUCUAUUUAUUUUCUUAUUCCGUUUUCUUCUCUCUUUUCAAGUUUCUUGUUUAUUUCAUAUAUUAAUUUCCUUCAUGUUUACAUUUCUUUCAUUGAUUUCGUUAUUUCUUUUUUUUUUCCCUUCCUUCAUGGAUUUAUUUUGGCCAGUUCUUUAUACUAUUUUUCAAACAUGAUUAUCUCCCUUGUUUUAUUUUGCAUCUCUCCCACCAUUUUCUUCUUUAAUCUUUGUGACUGUUCAUUACGACUUUCAUGUCCAUCCUCGCUUCCCUUUCUUCAUUCUUUCUUUACGUCAUUAUUUAAUUUUUUAUUUUAUUUUUCAUUUUUUUAUGUUCUCUUCUUUCUUUUCUUCUUCAUCUCCUACACUGUUACCUAUUUUCUUUUUUGUUUUUCUUUCAUCUUCUUUUUUCUUUUAUUGCCUUUGUUUCCACACAUUUUUCUUCUUCUCCUUUUCUGUUUCCAGUUUACUUCUCUCGCUUUCUUUUUUUCCUACCUUCUUCUUUCUUUUCUUUCUUCCUCUUUGUAUUUUCUAUUUCUUCGCUCCUCCUCCUUACAUAUUUUUUUCAUUCUUCUUUGUCUCCGUCUAUCCUUCCAUCCCAUUCUUCCUUUUGUCAGCACCACUUCUUUCUUUGUUACCUUUUUUUUUAUAGCGUCUUUUUUCCUUCAUAACUUUCUUUCUUUUAAUUAUUUUUUAAAAUUUUUCUACCUUUCUCUUUUUCGUUUAUUUUUUUCCCUUUGUAUUUUUUUCCGUUCUUUUUCCUACCUUCAUUCUUUGUCUUUCAUUUAUACUUCAUUUUUUUUUUUUAAUACUUCUUUUUGUCCCCUAUUUCAUUUUUUCUUUCGUCUAUUCGUUCUUCAUACUCCCUUUUUUCACUCUUUCACUGUAUUUACCUCAUUUGUCAUUCUUUUUUCAUUCGUCUGUAUUUCCUUCUUUCAGUUCUAUUUUUCUUUAGUCUUUUUCGGGCCGUUUUUCUUUCAUUACAUUUUAUUCCAUCCAUUUAAAAUCGUUUUUCUUUUCAUCCCCACUUUUUACGUUUUUUUCUUCACGAUUCUGCUUCUUUUUUGCUUUCCUUCUUCUUUCUUUACCUGUCUUUCUUUUCUUAUUUUCCUACUUUUUCUUCCGUUCAAUUUUCGGGCUUCCUUUUCUCCCUGCCUCUUUUCUCUCUCUCUCUCUCUCUCUCUCUUCUUUCUUUCUUCCUUCUUAUCUAUUUCCCACUGUCCUUUAUUUAUUAUUCCCUUUUUCAUUUUUCUUUCCCCCGCCAAUUAUAUAUAUAUAUCUUCUUCAUUUUUACCUUUUUCGCUUUCUGACUUGUUCGUUUAA